GCGGCUUCCGCGUCUCCACGGCGGCCGGGGCGGCUUUGACCUUCGCUUAGCGGUGGGAGGAGCGGACCCGAGCUUGAUUCCCCACCCCGCGAUGGGGGUGUCUGCAGCUGAGCACGGCCUGGUGAACUCGCGGGUGAAGUCCAGGGCAGCCUUUAUGAACUUCUCACGGGGAGCUUGCUAAUACAGGUUUCUCUGUUACGGUGCCAUUUUCGGAAUGGCUUCCUUUGGAUGGAAGAGGAAAAUUGGUGAGAAGGUCUCAAAGGUGACUUCCCAGCAGUUUGAAGCUGAAGCUGCCGAUGAGAAGGAUAUAGUUGAGAAUGAAGAAGGGAACUGGCUUCAUGCCAUUAAACGAAGGAAAGAAAUGCUUUCUGAGGGUUGUGCUGAGAAGAGUAAGCAACUGAAGGAUGAAGGAGCCAGUUUGGCUGAAAAUAAAAGAUAUCGAGAGGCAAUUCAAAAAUGGGAUGAAGCACUGCAGUUAACCCCAGAUGAUGCCACCCUGUAUGAAAUGAAAUCACAGGUCCUAAUGUCUCUUCAUGAAAUGUUCCCAGCAGUACAUGCAGCUGAAAUGGCUGUCCAGAGAAAUCCACAUUCAUGGGAGUCUUGGCAAACUUUGGGACGUGCUCAGCUUGGAUUAGGAGAGAUAGUCCUGGCAAUUCGAAGUUUUCAGGUCGCCCUUCACAUCUAUCCAAUGAACCCUGAAAUAUGGAAAGAAGACCUUUCUUGGGCAAGAACACUCCAGGAGCAGCAGAAGGUUGCGCAGAAGAUUAAAAAGUGUGACGCAUCAGUGGAAGUAACCCAUUUCUCACCAAAGUCAAUUCCUGACUAUGACUUUGAAAGUGAUGAGAUUGUUGCCGUUUGUGCGGCGAUUGCUGAGAAACAGAAGACGGUUCCAGCAAAUAAAACAAUGGUUAUUGUGUCAGCUUCUGGGACUGUAGAGACAGUCACUGAGAAGGAAGAUGGGGCUACACCACCAGAUGGCUCUGUUUUUAUCAAAGCCCGAUGAAGUAGCGGGAAUCCUUUGAAUCUGUCUUUUUGAUUGCCACUUAAAAUUUUAGGUGUAGGGACAUUAACUAUGGAGGAACAGAGCAAAACUCCUGUUUGUAAAAUGAGUUUUGCAGAUGAGGCAUAUAAAAACCAAAUGGUAGAAUUACGGUAUAGUGUUUGGACUACGCUUUGAUAAGUUAUGAUUUAAAUUUCUUAAGAUUAGAAUUCUGAGUACAGUGGCUUUUGAUUCAUAAACUUAAUUUAAUCCCAAAAUAUAAAUGAGUGCAUUUUAAAGACACAACUUGAAAAGUGAAUUCUUUGAUAGUGAAUCACUUGAUGGCCAGUGUCAUAAAAAUGCUGACUUGUUGAUUUUGUUCCGUGAUAAAGGAAGUCAGUGAUUUCUUUUCCUCCUUUUAGAAAUAUACUGCUCUUGCUAUUCACUCUUCUGUUUUUCUGGUUGCAUUAGAGUAAGUGUGUCACAAAGCUCUAAUAUUUUUGACAUUCAGUUUGAUUCAAAGUUGUCAUUUGGUUAUAUGUGGAAUCUUUGAAAGUUUGGCUGAAAAUGCAUGCAAAUAUCUACAUUCUAAACAUUUUCCCAAGUUUCUCUUAAUUCUGAUUUGAGCUUUUAUUUUGGCUUUAAGAUUAUUAUGACAAUAGUAUUUGCCUCCUUCAGUAUUAGAUAUGUAAAAUACUGAUACAUGUCAGAAUGAUGGUUUUAUUUUUUUAGUUGUUGAAGUGGAUAGUGUUCCUUUCCACAGGUGGGUCUUAUUUCAGAUGUGCAUUUUUUAAAAAAUGAAUGGUUUUUAUAGAUGUGUCAUAACAAAUUGUCCUACUGCAUUGUCCCAGUCAAAAGCAGUAUUUUCUUCUUGUUUUUAAAAGCUUAAAGAUUUGGAAAAUAAUUUAUCUUUUGCUUAUAACUUUCCAGCU